AUGAACAGAAUCCCCCUCAACUGCAUGAAUCGUUUUUACUUUGCAGUGCCAGUGUUCAUUAAAGUUGAGAAUGUGACUGGGGAGGCAAUACAACUUAGCUGGAACUCAGAGGAUGGCAAGAGAGACAGUCUCUACACAGUCUUCCUCAUGGAUGGAAUCCAAGAAAUAAAUAAAACUACUACAAAUGAGGCAACAAUAAUAUUUAAAUAUCUGCUUCCUGGUCAUGUAUACACAAUAUCUGUGGAAGUAUUAUCUUGUGCUGAGAAUAGCAGAUCUUCAGUGAAUGUCCGAACAGAUACUGUUUCCUGUUUCAACAGAACUGAUUUUUGCCUAUCACAGAAUCAUGGUUGUCCAGACUUAAAAUAUAUUAUAUGCUCAAGCUACCAAUCCUUUGCCUGCAGAGCUUUGUUAAAAAACCAGACAUUUAACAAUUCCCUUUAUGACAUUGAUAGUGGAGGCUACAACGCGAUGUCUGAAAGUAUCAAAACAGAAAUUGUUUCAGAAAUGCGCAUCAAAUUGAAAGAUGAUCAUUUUGAUAUUAUGGUGCUUGGAUUCAGACCGGGGAGUGUGAUUGUUGAUUUUCUUUCUGUACUGCAAAAACAAGAGCCUGUUGAUGUGGAUAUUGUGCAGGAAUACCUAAGCCAAAUAUUAAAGAGCAAGUUUGGUGAUCAAACUGAAGUAACAGUACAAUCUCUGUCUACUGGACAACUUCUUCCAUCAACUGAAAGAAGUUCUUCCUGGAAAGUGGCAGUGAUUGUCCUUGGAGUUUUAUUUGGAGUUGCACUAGUGCUGAUUUUUCUUCUAAUAUUGGUUUAUAUUUGGAAGAAGAAAAGAUCAGGUAAAUACCUGGUUGAACCUACAGGACUCCUGGGAAAUUUUGUCUACAAGCACUUGUAA